AUGCUCUACUUGGUCGGUCUCGGUCUCCACGACGAGAAGGAUGUGACAGUGCGAGGGAUGGAGGCCAUCAAGGGCAGCGAGCGGGUCUACCUCGAGGCGUACACCUCGAUUCUGGGAGUCGGGAAGGAGCGGCUGGAUGCGUUCUACGGCAAGGACAUCGUGGUUGCGGACCGGGAUAUGGUCGAGAUGGACUCGGAUGAGAUCCUGCGGGACGCAGACAAGGUCGAUGUGGCAUUCUUAGUCGUCGGUGAUCCCUUCGGCGCAACGACGCACGCCGACCUCCUCCUCCGCGCGGAUGCCCUCUCGAUCCCCUACACCGUCAUUCACAACGCCUCUGUCAUGAACGCCGUCGGAGCGCUCGGCCUUGCACUCUACAAUUACGGCCAGACCGUCUCGAUCCCGUUCUUUACCGACUCGUGGCGGCCGGACAGCUGGCUCGAGCGCGUGAGGGAGAACAUGCGGCUUGGCUUGCACACGCUGUGCUUGCUGGAUAUCAAAGUCAAGGAGCAGAGCGAGGAGAACUUGGCGCGAGGCCGCAAGAUCUACGAGCCCCCUCGGUACAUGUCCGUCCCAACCGCCAUCUCCCAACUCCUCUCGCUCCUCGAAGACUCCUCCCCCUCUGCCUCUUCCGACUCCUCCCCCUCACUCGCCUCCGCCGACUCCCUCGACCCCUCAACCACACUCGCAAUCUCCGCCUCGCGCGUCGGCGCCCCCUCUCAGAGAUUCGUCGCUGGCACCCUCGCAGAACUGAGCGAGUUGGACGAAGAGGCGUUCGGAGGCCCGCUGCAUAGUUUCGUGAUUGUCGGACGGAGGUUCCAUGCGCUCGAGAGGGACUUUGCGGGCAGGUGGGCAGUGGACAGGGAGAGGUGGAAUGAGGUGAGCAAUACGGUGUAUGCUGUCAGGGACUAG